GAAGGUUUCGCAAAGGGAAGGGAAGAGGACUUUAUAAAUUUUGUUUUUUAAAUUUUAUCAUUUUGUUUACAGGGAUUUCGUUUUUAUGUUAGUUUUUAUAGACAAUGCAGAUGCAAGAUGAUGUCUGAUCAGUUUAGGAAGGUUGAGCCCUAUUCACCAAAGUCCUCACCCAGGGGUGGGAGGUCACCAGUAGUUUCACGACAGGAUUCCUCGGGCACCCUCAAAACUACCAUUUCGCUCGGCAAGAAUCCUUCCAUAGUCCAUAGUGGACCUUUUUAUUUGAUGAAAGAACCUCCAGCGGAAUGUGAACAAACAGGGGCCACAAACUUGAUGGCGUAUCAUGGAUUAGAGCAUUCUUACAGUAAAUUUAAUGGCAAGAAACUAAAAGAGUCACUAUCAUCUUUUCUGCCGAACCUACCUGGAAUAAUGGAUGGACCAGGGCAAGAAGACAACAGUACUCUUGGUUCAGUCAUAGCAAAGAGGCCAAUAGGUGGCAAAGAAUUACUGCCGUUGAGUAGUGCACAAUUAGCAGGAUUCAGAUUGCACCCAGGGCCUUUACCGGAACAGUAUCGCUAUGUCAGUGCCACACCGCCCAAGAAACACAAACCCAAUAAACACAAGAAGCACAAACACAAGGACGGCGCACCACCUGGGCAGGACACACCUUUACAAGACUCAUCAAACCCCGACACAUAUGAAAAGAAGCACAAAAAGCAAAAGCGUCAUGAGGACGACAAGGAACGCAAGAAGAGAAAAAAGGAGAAGAAGAGGAAAAAACAGAAACACAGCCCGGAGCAUGGCGGCUUGACACCCAACCAACACCCUGUUCCUUAGAGUUAAGUAGUUAUAUGUAGUUGUAAGAUAAUAGUGGAAUUGCAUUCGGUUUUUUUACGAGGUGAGGUGGAGUAAGGGGACAUAAUCUACAGUAACUUUUCCAAUAGAUAAUUUUUAUAUAUGUGACUGUACUCCUUGGCUACAGAUGCAUUUUAUCAUUUUCUAAUAUAUACUAUUUCUGCAAUAUGUAGAGGUUGUGUGGUCAACCAGCUGCAAUCAGAUCUCAAUGUACAUAUUUUCCAGCUAACUAUAAAUUUUGAAGGAUUCCUUCCUUAAAGGCGAAGAACUCAUUUGUACUAAAGAGGCAAUCAAAUCAAAUAGAUAUGUCAUUACACAACCAACACAGCAGAAUGUUGCAGGUUGAUAAGAAUAGAUUAUGUAUGUUUCCUUUAAAAGAUGUAUUGUUGAGCAAUCUACUUUUGUCAUUUGAAUUAUUCUCAUAGCCUCAAUUUACAUGUAUUUGAUGCUAUUCAAAUUUGAAAGUGAUAACAUCUGUAUAACUAAUGUAAUAUUAGCUAAAACCUAUUUUUAGUAAGAGAGAUCUUUGUAAAUUAUAUUGCAGUUCUCUAAACUUAUUGCUGUCACUUUUAAAUUUAAAUUUUAAAUUUAAAGAAAUUUCUAAAAGAGCAGCUUUUUAGUUUCGUUUCAGAUACAGAUACAACAGGUUGUCAGGUUUAAAAAUAUUGCUUUUCUGUUCUACAAGGAAGAUGUGUAAAGGAAAGCACUAGUAUAGCAGGUUAAGUUAUGAGACCAAAGCCAAAUCAGUACUUUUUCCUCAAUAUUCUGUUAAUUGCGGUCAGCCUGGUACUUACCUUACCUAAAUUUUGUGCUCAGCCUAGUAUUUAAACCUCACUCACACCAAACUUGAUAAGAAUGCAGCCAAAAACUGGGCCCAAAGAAAAAUAUACAUCACCGUGUCUUUUGUAAUUUACUAGUUGCUAUUAUUUAUGAGAUCAUCCGUUAAGCUGUUGAAUAUUAUAAGGAAUCGGCAGAGCUACUAGUUUAAAUACAAUCAAUUAUAAUAAACAGUGAAAUGAAACCUACCUUGGCCUUUGAAUCAUUGUUCAUUUUCAGAUUUCUGAAAUAACACGUAGCCUUAUUUAGCCAAAGAAAAGAUAGGAAAAUGUAUGUGAAAAAUUAUCACACAUUCUACAGGAUGUGUGGUAAAAAAUUGCUUAUGGAUGGUCUCUUAAAAAGAUUUUUUACUACUUUCUUUGGGAUUUAUCCUUUUUUUUAUGUAAAAAAAUGUCAAAUGAAAGCAAAACUUGUAUAUUAUUAUGGUAUAUUGUAGUUUGUACUCAAUAAUCGUUUUCUUCUAUAUUUUGUGCUUGUGACUUGUCACUCAUAUGAGUCUGGUCACUUAGAAUCUUCCAACUGUGUAAAUAAAGCCUUAUUUAAUGUA